AUAACUGCAUUGUUAAUAACUAUUCUGUAAGCCUCUGCUUUUUCAUUGCCUUGUUGGAAAAUAAUUAGUAAUCACAGACCAGAGAACGCUAUUCUGAAAUAUAAACGCGAAAUUUCAUACGGUCUUUUCUUUCUUUUUUUCCUUUACAAUGUAGGUUUCUUACGAGAGUGCCCUUAUUGUGAGGAAAAACUUUACUGACAUUUCGUCAAUAAUAUUGGAUAAUUUGGUCACUAAAGCACCUUCUAUUGCCUUCCUAGACUUAAAGAAGCCAGCAUCUACUGGGUUAUUCCAGACCAGAGCGUCUUCGAAUAACAUGCAAUCGGCAGUCCAGGAUGCACUUAAUGAAGUUAUGGUCCUUGUCAAAGAGACGGCUGUCAAUCAUAAACUGGACAAACUUGUUCAAACCGUCAAAAAAAAUCUCGAAACCAAAUGGAAGCAGCAACUGCAACAACAACAACAGCAGCAGCAGCAGCAACAACAACGACGCCACAGAGGGUAUGCAACAUGUGCAGAAUAUAUUCUUCCACCAUUUGAUGGUUCACUUGGAGAUAGCCUGUCGACGUACAUUGAAUACUGUUGUCAGUUUUCUUGGCGCAUGGUUACUCAGGUACCACUCCUAAAGAUCGAAUUUAAGAGUAAAACCUAUGAUCCGAAGAUUCACAAUGAAAGCUCGUCAUUCGCCAGGGAAAAGGAAACGUCUCCUUCCCAAAUUAAGUGCUAUUUAUGGCCAGCUCUGCUUGACUGCGACAGUAGAGUCAUCGAGAAAGGCGAAGUCGUGUUGUACGUGUAGGAAAAACAUAAGAAAGAAAAUUUUCAAUUGAAAAGGAGUAAAAUUUGAUAACUUUUUUACCUUGAUUCUAUUUCACCCCCAGAGACUGAACUUUCCUUUAUUUGCUAUACAACAAGCAUUUAUUUGAGUUGUACAUGGAUACUAAAAGUAUGUAAGUUUCUGAUGCAAUUGCCUUUAGUAUUUAUUAAACUGUAUUUAGUAAACUGUUUAUAGUAUAAACAGGCAUUUAGUUAACCGUCGGUUUGGGUGGCAAUAUUGACUUAUAAAAUAGAAAUUUAAAAAUAAAUGGAGGGCUUAAUUAUUAAGAUGUGUCAAGACAUUUUAAUGUUUUCAAUCUAUUGGAAUAUCAUAUCAUUUUCUAUUGAAUCCCGAAAUCUUGCUGUUAUUUUUUUUGACUAUUUUCCCAAGGUCAUUGGACGGAACGGCUUGGAAUUGACCGCCGAGCCAUAACAAAUCGACCACAUUUUUUAUUCAUCUUGGCCCACGAAUUGUGAGGAAGUUGCUCCACUAAAACAGUUUGGUCUAUGAGCCAUAUGCAAAUUUGUUCAAUUUGGUUUGUCUAAACUAAAACAUUCACCGGUGAAUUACAGAGAAAAGCAGUGCGAAAUCGCACGAACGCGUGACAGCACCUAAAAUCACUUUUUCCCCCUUGAGGUCAAAUAUUUCUUCAGACAUUUCACCCUUAAUGUAUCAAUUAAAGAGUUUUCAACCCUAUGGUAUCGAUUAAUGGCCGAUUCCGUGAUUGAGAUGUGCCUGCAGGGAAUCGUGCUAGUUGUAUUCAUCAAGAAAGCUAGACAUAUAUCCAGUCCAAGAUGAUGAAUACAACUACCGUGAUUCCUUGCCGACACAUUUCCUAGGGGGAAUGGCCCAUUGAGAACGGUCACGACAAUUUAUUGAUCAUAUAUACCAGUGGACCAAAGCAAUUACUAGAAAUAAGAAAUUAGAAAUAUGCCCAAACUUUACAUUCAAAAGUUGGAACAUGUAAAAGGAAAGUGCUAUAUAGAAUCUAAGUAUACAUAUGCGAAAAAAAGUAAAUAAAAAUGGAAGGCAAAGCGGAAUAAAAAAUAAAGUGAAACAAAAUAAAAACCACAAAAAAAUAUAUCUGUACAAAAUGAAACAGAUUUAAAGCCAAAGAGAAAAGAAAUCGGACACCAAAAUGAAAAACAUCCGAAAUUAAAACGAAAAUAAAGUUGAUAUGAGCCUGGGGCUACGAUAGUACACCAGGAUGCUUUACAGAUGCAUCACUUAUGUAAUCAAAUGUCGACAACAUCAAAAAUUAACAAUGGAUCAAUUAAUUAACGUUAUAUACAGCCUUUAAUAAAAUUCAAAAGUCAGCCAAUUCCUAGUUUCCCCCUUUUUUUUACCAACUUUUGACACUUUUCAUAAAUGGAGGGCAAUUUUAAAUUAUUUUAUGGAUACUAAUAUUAGCCUGGCUAAGCUCGUUCUUCAGAAUUUUCACUCUCAUUCGAGUUUAGUGGAGCUAAUUUAAAUCGAUACAAAAUAAUUUUAAAUUAGCAGUCAUUUAUGAAAACGGUCUAUAACUAUGCAGCCUUCUCAGAACAUCAUAAAAUGCGGAAAGUUCUCUUGAUUUUGAUUUACAAUAUUUCCUAUAUCUGAAAAUUUCAUUCAACAAAAGCCCAUAUCGAGGAAAAGUGUCCACGAACAAUUACUUAUCGACACAAUGAAAAUUUAGUGACUAAAACUAUGCACUAUAACUUUAAUUUAAAGGGGCUCAGUCACGGUAUUUUGAGUUAUUUUGGCCACAUACAAAAUUACCUUUA